GCAAAAUCUGACCACUACUGUCCUCAACAUGGCUGAACGGACGGGUAGUGGAGGAGUUCCAGUGAUGUCAACAUCAAGAGAGGUCACGAGUCCGGGCUCAGUGAUCACCGAGCUCCUGGCAAGCUGUGACGAUUCCCAGCUGCUGCAGUUGACGGACUUCUACCGGGACAGGCUGGAGCAGGCGAUGGAAGGAGGGGUGCACGGAGUGAGCCUGGCGUUAACGGCCGAGAAUCAGUUCAGUGGAGAGGAACAUCGGAAAAUCUCUGAUCUCGCUGAUAAGGGAGAGCGGGCGGACAGUUCUAAACUCCUCCUGAGCCUGGUGAUGGAGAAAGGCUCCCGUGCCCGGAGGGUGAUGUGGGAAACCUUUGUGAAAAUGCGGAUUGGUGUCCCAAAGUUGGACAAAAUACUGAAAGAAGUACAGGAACAUGGUUGUGUUCUGGUCCAUCGACCCAUACCGGAGAUUCCCAGUGAGCUGAAAGACCAUCAAAAUCUGACCACAACUGUCCUCAAAUUGGCUCAAGGAGUGGGCAGGAGAGAAGUUCCAGUGAUGUCAAGAUCAGGAAAGGAUAUGGGUCCGAGCUCAGAGAUCACUGAGCUCCUGGCAAGCUGGAAUGAUUCCCAGCUGCUGCAGCUGACGGACUUCUACCGGGACAGGCUGGAGCAGGCGAUGGAAGGAGGGGUGCACGGAGUGAGCCUGGCGUUAACGGCUGAGAAUCAGUUCAGUGGAGAGGAACAUCGGAAAAUCUCUGAUCUCGCUGAUAGGGAGAGUGGGCGGACAGUUCUAAACUCCUCCUGAGCCUGGUGAUGGAGAAAGGCUCCCGCGCCCGGAGGGUGAUGUGGGAAACCUUUGUCAAAAUGCGGAUUGGUGUCCCAAAGUUUGACAAAAUACUGAAGGAAAUACAGAUGUAUGGUUCUGAUCCAUCCCAUCGAUCAAAUCCCACUCAAGGUUUACUCAAGAUUCUCAGUGAAUUGAAAGAUGCUCAACAGAAACACAAGGAGACUCUGCGGGCACAAACUGAAACACUGAGAGUGAACACGAUCCUGAUGAGGGAGAAGGUGAAGGUUUUCCAGCUGGUUGAUCGAUACGCUGAGCUCACGGUCAUUUCUACUGUUCGAGAUCGGAGACUGGUGGAACAUGAGCUGCUGGCAAGAGGCAGAGACCACGAGGAGUGGAGAGAGAAACAUCUCCGCAGAAAGCUGGAAAAAAUCCGGACUGAUCAGUUGUUCCAGAGCAGCUUUUCCCGGAGUAAAUCCAAAUCUGGGAGUUCGGCAGCAGUGGCUGGAGUCCCGGGGAUCGGGAAAACAACAAUGGUACAAAAGAUUGUUUAUGAUUGGGCCAUGGGGAAAAUAUACCAACAAUUCCAGUUUGUCUUCAGUUUCAAAUUCCGGGAUUUAAACUCUAUUAACUGCAGAAAAAACCUGAGGCAACUAAUUCAGGAUCAAUAUCCUUACUUUGGGAAUAUCCUGAGAGAUGUUUGGAAGAAUCCAGAGGGAUUGCUGUUUAUAUUUGAUGGUCUGGAUGAAUUCGAGCACUGAAUUGAUUUUGCUGACAGUCAAAGAGAUACAGAACCCAAGCACCAAUGCCCAGAUCCCGAGUGGUGGUGUGAAGUGUCUGACAUUUUGUACAGUUUAAUCCAGGGCAAGCUGCUCCCAGGGUGUUCAGUGCUGGUGACCACCCGUCCCACUGCGUUACAUUUAUUGGAUAAAGCCAAGAUCAGCGUCUGGGCUGAAAUCCUGGGAUUUGUUGGUGAGGAACGGAAGGAAUAUUUCAUCAGGUAUUUUGAAGAUCAGACGG